CAGAGAUCGUGCGCGCGCUGCAGGCCCGCCUGCCCGCCGCGCCCGGCGCCUCCGCGCUCAGGUACUACCCCCACACUGUAUGGGCGGCGGCCUGGCGCAGCAGGACGCCUCCGAGUGCUGGACAGAGAUCGUGCGCGCGCUGCAGGCCCGCCUGCCCGCCGCGCCCGGCGCCUCCGCGCUCAGGUACUACCCCCACACUGUAUGGGCGGCGGCCUGGCGCAGCAGGACGCCUCCGAGUGCUGGACAGAGAUCGUGCGCGCGCUGCAGGCCCGCCUGCCCGCCGCGCCCGGCGCCUCCGCGCUCAGGUACUACCUCCACACUGUAUGGGCGGCGGCCUGGCGCAGCAGGACGCCUCCGAGUGCUGGACAGAGAUCGUGCGCGCGCUGCAGGCCCGCCUGCCCGCCGCGCCCGGCGCCUCCGCGCUCAGGUACUACCCCCACACUGUAUGGGCGGCGGCCUGGCGCAGCAGGACGCCUCCGAGUGCUGGACAGAGAUCGUGCGCGCGCUGCAGGCCCGCCUGCCCGCCGCGCCCGGCGCCUCCGCGCUCAGGUACUACCCCCACACUGUAUGGGCGGCGGCCUGGCGCAGCAGGACGCCUCCGAGUGCUGGACAGAGAUCGUGCGCGCGCUGCAGGCCCGCCUGCCCGCCGCGCCCGGCGCCUCCGCGCUCAGGUACUACCUCCACACUGUAUGGGCGGCGGCCUGGCGCAGCAGGACGCCUCCGAGUGCUGGACAGAGAUCGUGCGCGCGCUGCAGGCCCGCCUGCCCGCCGCGCCCGGCGCCUCCGCGCUCAGGUACUACCCCCACACUGUAUGGGCGGCGGCCUGGCGCAGCAGGACGCCUCCGAGUGCUGGACAGAGAUCGUGCGCGCGCUGCAGGCCCGCCUGCCCGCCGCGCCCGGCGCCUCCGCGCUCAGGUACUACCUCCACACUGUAUGGGCGGCGGCCUGGCGCAGCAGGACGCCUCCGAGUGCUGGACAGAGAUCGUGCGCGCGCUGCAGGCCCGCCUGCCCGCCGCGCCCGGCGCCUCCGCGCUCAGGUACUACCCCCACACUGUAUGGGCGGCGGCCUGGCGCAGCAGGACGCCUCCGAGUGCUGGACAGAGAUCGUGCGCGCGCUGCAGGCCCGCCUGCCCGCCGCGCCCGGCGCCUCCGCGCUCAGGUACUACCCCCACACUGUAUGGGCGGCGGCCUGGCGCAGCAGGACGCCUCCGAGUGCUGGACAGAGAUCGUGCGCGCGCUGCAGGCCCGCCUGCCCGCCGCGCCCGGCGCCUCCGCGCUCAGGUCCUCAGUGAUCGAGCAGUACUUCGGCGGCACGCUGGACGUGGAGCUGGUGUGCUCGGAGGCGGACGAGCCGCCCACGCGCACCACGGAGUCCUUCCUGCAGCUGUCCUGCUUCAUAUCGCAGGACGUCAAGUAUCUGCAGUCCGGGCUCAGAUCUAAAAUGGCAGAGCAGAUCACAAAAAUGUCACAAACUUUAGGAAGGGAUGCUAUCUACACGAAAACCAGUAAAAUCAGUCGCCUCCCGGCGUACCUGACGGUGCAGUUCGUCCGCUUCUACUACAAGGAGAAGGAGUCCAUCAACGCGAAGAUCCUGAAGGACGUGAAGUUCCCGCUGGAGCUGGACGUGCUGGAGCUGUGCUCGCCCGAGCUGCAGGAGCGACUCGCGCCCAUGAGGUCCAAGUUCAAGGAAUUAGAAGAUGCGAAAGUGGAGGCGUCUUUAAAUGCCAGAAAUAAAAACCAUGGCGACAGCAGUAAAGAAAUCAAGAAAAAGACUGCCUUACCAUACUGGUUCGAAAACGACGUGGGCAGCAACAACAGCGGCUACUACCGCCUGCAGGCCGUGUUGACGCACCGCGGUCGCUCGUCGUCGUCCGGGCACUACGUGGCGUGGGUGGCGCGCGGCGACAGCUGGCUGCGCUGCGACGACGACGCCGUGUCGCCCGUCACCGAGGAGGAGGUGCUCAAGCUCAGCGGCGGAGGAGACUGGCACUGCGCCUACCUGCUGCUGUACGGGCCCAAGAUCCUGGAGCUGCCGGAGGAGGAUGACGAGCCCAUGGUGACGGACGUGAGCGACGACACGGCCGGAGUCCCGCCCACCGCCCUCGCGUAGUCCGCGCCCGCCCGCCCUCCGCAACCCGCUUCACUUGUCUGCUCGCACAACCUUCGCUGGAGGUUGACAGCACACGACUAUACGUUACACUGAUCGCAAUUCUAUUUACUGUGUUAUGACGUCAUAAUUCAAUGCAUUGAAAACAUUGAUAAUUAAUGUCUGAAGAUGUCUAGUGUAGGAGUUACAGCGAUUUGUUUAUAAAUAGAGAUCUAACUAUCAGUCUUUAUAGUUUUGUCCCCUUUACGGUUACCCAGCCUUUGGUCGUAAGAGUGAGACAAAGAUGUGGUUCUUCUGUUAGAGCGGAUGAGUGAAGUUCAAUCAAAAAGUAUUUACUCUUCUUAUUUACAGUAAUAAUAUUUUGAAUUGUCAGUGUAACCUAUAGUUGUGUGGAUGAAGGGUUCACUUUGUAUUGUGCAAUGUACUUCGAUUUGUUUAGCCGUGACGUCAUGUAUAGGUUAAUUGAUAAAUAAAUGGAGCUGUAAAGUA